AUGAGCAAACGACAGAAUCCCUCGGACUUCUUGAAGCAGAUUGUGGGGAAGCCCGUGGUGGUCAAGUUGAACUCAGGAGUCGAUUACAGAGGUGAGUAGUCCAUCCAAUUUAUUUUGUAUUCUUAGGUGUGCUCUCUUGCCUGGAUGGAUUUAUGAACAUUGCACUGGAACAGACUGAAGAAUAUCAGAACGGACAGCUCAAGAAUAAAUACGGCGAUGCUUUCAUCCGGGGAAACAAUGUUCUCUAUAUCAGCACUCAGAAACGAUGA